CCGACAUCUACGCCUCUCACCCGUGUCUUUCACUGAACAACAACCGCUGCCGCCGCCGCCGCCGUCUACUACUACCACUACUAUUUCCAUUUUCUUUUUCACCAUCCCGCAGGAAAUACAGCGACAAUGUCCGUAACAACAACCGCAAACCCAACACACUAUACCCUCGCCGCCACACUAGCAGACUACGAUCUCCACCACACCACAGAAGGCGGUCACGAUGCCAGUCUAAACGCGCAUGCCAAUCCCGCAGCGAAUGCGCAGCAGAAUCCGAGUCAUUGGCCUACGCAGCAUCGCCGUGUUCCUGCGUACCGGCCUGUGAAUACGCAGUUGGACGAGAGUGAGAGGAGGGUGUAUUUGAAUGGGAUUGAGCAGGCGUUUGUAGGGACUAUGUUUACGGGAGUGUUUUUGCAGUCGGCCAUGUCGAAGAUUUGGAGGAAUUCGCUGGGGCGCGUGUGGAACGUUGGGUAUAAACUUGGUGGGGAGUGGUGAAGUUGUGAAUGGCUUUUGGGAGAUUUGGGGAGUUUGAGGGGUCUUUAUUUAUUUGUUUCUGUUGAAAAUUGGGGGAAUGCAGGGUGAGAGUUAGGGAGGUUUGUUUGUCAUUGAGAAGCGAUGCGCAUGUACAUUUCCUCGUAUCACAUUUGAGAUGGAAAACGGCAAUCUACUUCAUCUGGCGAGCUGCUUAGUAAUAACAUACUAACCUACAUCUUUCCUUUCGAUACACUGAAUGCAUUCAUGCU